AGUUUGGUGUCCGGUCGCCUGAGCUCCGAGAUCUGAGCCUUUACUUUUUUGUUUCUCCUCUUUUGUAGAAGGAGCUAAUGUAAUUUUAAUUUCUUCCUCACUAUUCGCCUGACAAAAAAUUGCCAGUGAAUUUCUUUUCGAGCGAAUUUCGUCAGCUUCGAAAAGCUCCUUGACAUUUUCUUCUAAAAUGUGUAAUUUAAGGGAUAUUUGGGAAUCAGCGGAAAUGUCGGUACAAUUGCUGCUUGCGGUGAAGAGGGCAAAUACCGCGACAAGUGGAGCGCCGAUGCAGGUGCCAAUCAAUGGCCGCAUGAGACUGGAAUUUCAACAUUGCAAAAACAUACAGCAGUGUAGCUUCAUCUGGUUGGUGAGGAGAUACUGAGAAAUUUAGUGGAUUCAGUACUUCUGCAGUGUGAGGAAGCUCGAAAAACAUCAAAAGUGGGUUGGCUGAGGUUUCUGGUCAGAAGAAUGGCUGAUGUACCGAUGAACAUGGGCUCCAACAGGAAAAUGUCAUUCGGAUUUUCCAAUAAACUCAAUGGCAUUGAGGGAAAGACUCCCUUCCUCAUUGGGGUCUCUGGAGGUACUGCCAGUGGAAAGUCAACCGUUUGCAAGAGGAUUAUGGAAAAAUUGGGUCAAGUAGACAUGGAUCACCAGGAGCGUCAGGUGGUGUGCAUAUCUCAAGACAGUUUUUACAGAGAUCUGACACCAGCUGAGAAACUGCGAGCCGAGAAGGGCCAAUACAAUUUUGACCAUCCUGAUGCAUUUGACAAUGACCUGAUUCUCCAAACACUCCAGGACAUCCUCGCUGGGAUCAAGUGUGAAAUACCAGCAUAUGAUUACAGAACCAACAGCUUAAUUAAAGACCAAAUUACGACGAUUUAUCCUGCUGACGUUGUACUCUUCGAGGGAAUUCUAGUCUUCUAUUUCCCUAAGAUUAGGGAUUUGUUUCACAUGAAAUUAUUCGUUGACACGGACUCUGAUACACGACUUGCUAGAAGAGUGCCAAGAGAUAUCAAAGAACGAGGGAGAGAUCUGGAUUACGUGUUGAAUCAGUACAUGAAUUUCGUCAAACCAGCAUUUGAGGAAUUUUGCUUGCCAACUAAAAAAUUCGCCGACGUAAUCAUCCCAAGGGGUGCAGACAACACAGUGGCGAUAGAUUUGAUAGUUCAGCACAUAAGGGACUUCUUGGGAAAUCGGGGUCGAGUCACUGUAGAGCCUGAGAGUCCUGUUAGUCGAGGAGAGAGCCAUUUCAAGAGGCCACAUUAAUAGUGAGACGACCGCUAAUUUCUUUAGUUCAAGAAUUUUACUCGACGACAAAAGGACGCGCAUUAAAAAUUUAAUGGAAUUUUGUAAUGGAACUGGUACAAAUGCGAAUGGAAUUUUUCCUUUGAAUUGAAUAGAAAUUUUCAGAGAAAACCCUCGGUAUUCUUCUAUUAACUUUUUUUAAUGCGUGAAUUAUUGUACUCAUGAUUGAUAUUAUAGAUGAAAUGCUUUAAGACGCUAUUUUCAAGUUCUAUAUUUAUAUCUCAACUUCAAUAGCAAAACGAUUAAGAGGAACAUCCGAAGAGCCAAUAGUUUACGAACUAAUCGAUUCAGAAAAUUUAAUUGAGAGACUUAUGUAAAUAGUUUCACGAACCAAAAUAAUAAAUACGUUCUGGUAUAGUCUCUCGCAACCUGAUUCCUGAGCAAGCUCAACAAAAUUUCGUUAAAUAUAAAUCAAUAAAGCUUAACGAUCUUAACUAUCCAUAGUAAUAUUGAAAAAUCUUGUGCGAGCUAGUUGUUUCAAAGCACACUUUCCCAGAGUUGUUAACAAAUUAUGCAAAUCCACAAAGUACAGCCCAUUUGAAUUCCUCUUUCCCAUUUUGCCUCGAAAUUCGUUUUUAUUUAAAAUUUGCUUUUAUUUUGUGAUUGGAUUGACCUGGUAAUUGACCAACCAAAUACUAAUUUAUUAAUGUUACAAAUAUUUUAAGGCGGCUAAACACAUUAAUUUAUUGUUUGUUAACGGUUUGAAAUUUAAUUUUUAUGAAACGCUGAAAAUGAACAGUUGUACAGAUUGAUGAAAAUUUCAAAAAUAUAUUUGUUAUGUUUUAUUAUGUCUUACAAAAUUUUCAUGUGUACAGAAUUGAAAUGUGAUUAAAAUUCACCAUGAAUUGAUGAUUACAAGUAGAAUUAAAUAAAAAAAAUUAUGGGGAUA